AUGGACCAGUGGCACUGCAACCUUCUGAACGAGUCUUCGCGCCCUAGGCCCUUCUUAGUGCUUGGGGCAGGCGGGUCGGGGAGGUGGAUGAACGUUGGCUUCUACAUCCUCUACCAGCUGCUGCAUUGGCGGGCCGAGAAACCCGGUUUGGUUGUCUACUGCCUUGGGAGAGAGUUGGCGUGCGUGUUUGGCAAGGAAGAGAAAAAAGUGACAGAGCACGAGGGCGAGUUCAAAAUCAGAAGGCGUCUGAGGGAACCGUCUUGUUAUUGGGGGAUAGGAUUUGUGAUCUACGACGCGUCGGAGGAAGGAGAGCCGCAGCGGAGGUAA